UAAAAUGGAGCGGCAAAGACGAUGCGGCGGCAGCUGCGAUUUCAAACAAUGCUCCGCCGUUAUCUCCUAAGACCGUUUACAAAAGCUCCUACAUUUCCCACCCCACUCACGUCAGCUCAACGAUACAAUUUCCACACCACACCACACGCAGAUAUGAGAGUCCUACUUACCGGAGGCAGCGGCUUCAUUGCCGCCCACGUUCUCGAUCACCUCCUCGAACGCGGCCACUCCGUCGUCACCACCGUCCGCUCGCAGCAAAAAGCAGACAAGAUCAAGGAAGCACAUCCCAAGUAUGGCAAGGACAAGCUCGAUUUCGCACUCGUCGAAGACAUUGCACAAGAGGGAGCCUUUGACAAGGCCGUCGUGUCAGAGCCGCCAUUUGAGGCAGUCAUCCAUACAGCCAGUCCCUUCCACUUCAAUGUCACCGAUGUGCAGAAAGAGUUGCUCGAUCCUGCAGUGAUUGGCACAACAGGGAUCUUGAAGAGCAUCAAGAAGAGUGCACCGAGCGUCAAGCGUGUGGUCAUCACCAGCUCCUUCGCCUCCAUUAUUGACCCUCAGAAGGGUGCACGGCCAGGACACACAUACAGCGAGAAGGACUGGAAUCCCAUCACGCAACAAGAGGCGGUCGAGAACCCAGCUGCGGGCUAUCGUGCCUCCAAGACCUUCGCUGAGAAGGCAGCCUGGGACUUUGUCGAGAAAGAGAAGCCAAAUUUUACCCUCUCGACCAUGUGUCCACCUCUGGUCCUGGGCCCAAUCGUGCACUACCUCAACUCGCUUGACGCCCUCAACACAUCAAACCAGCGAAUCCGCGAUUGCAUGCUCGGCAAGUGGAAAGAUGAGAUUCCUGCAACGGGAAUCUUCAUCUGGGUGGACGUGAGAGACCUCGCACUCAGCCACGUGCUCGCAGCAGAGAAGGCAGAGGCAGCCAAUAAGCGAUUCUUCAUCACGAGCGGACACUUCUGCAAUAAGAGGAUCGCGGAAGUACUCGCGAAAAAAUAUCCCCAGUUCAAGGAUCAGCCGACCGAGAAGACGCCCGGUGGUGGAAUGCCGGAGGAAGGCAUUUAUGACAUUGACACGAGCAAUGUGGACACUGUGCUUAAGGGCUGGAAGCAGGUCGAUUUUGAUCAGAGUAUCACGGAUACCGUGAAGAGCUUGCAGGCUGUUGGUGGUUAGCUGAAAUAGAUGGUAUACAUGUAGCCUUCUGUAUCAUUAUGACCUUAUCCGGCCUCAUGCGUGGCUGCGUUGAAUCCUGG